CUCUCCGCCACGGAAGCAUUAAGCUUUUGGUCACCAUGCUGUGGCCAAGCCAAGACCGGCACUCCAUGCCACGCCGCUUCAGUCGCUGAGUUCGAAUCCACAGUGACUGACGAAUCCACCAACGUCUACAUGCUCAAGAAUCACCAACUGAUCUACCCAAUCCUUCACAGCCAGUUUUCUGUUCUCAACUCUCUUCAGAAAAUCAUGGCCCGCCAAGUCUUCAAUCUCCACAUCGUCCUCUUAGUCUACAUUCUACCCCUUCAAUACCCACAAGAACCUGCACCCGCUCUUCUCCAAACCACCACCCAACUCUCUGAUUUUGAUCCUUGGAUAAAACCGUUCUUCUCCCGAAGCUUACAUACAUCACUGACCAUGAAGGUUGGGCGUCUACCCAUGAAAGCCAAGGUCCUUGCCCAUACUCAUAUGGUUCCAAUGGACCAACUGCAAGCACUGGUGGGAGCCCAUUUAAGACUUUGCCUUCGUUGAGUGCCGCAAACGUCUCUGGCUCCCAUGCCUGAAAGGUGUUCAUUAGAAUCCCAUUGACCUUGAUGAGCCAUCAAACAUUUGAAACCAUAAGUCUUGUAAAAACAUGGGUUAGUUCAAAGACAGGAGGAGCAAGCCAAGAUUUUGAUAAGGGAGCCAAACCAGGGAUGUUGAAAUUGGGAUCCCUUUGUGGGCAACAGUGGGGAAGUGGGAGAAUAGUGCAAGCAUUUUAGCGGAGGAGGUGAAGAGGAUGUAGUUGGGAAGGCAGAGAUAAGUGGUCACAGGAGCAAUGUGGAGGCUGACAUUGUAUCAGUGACAAGGGAAGAAAGAGGAGGAGAUAGUGAAGAGAGGACAGGAAGGAGGAGGUGGGCUGAGCGCUGAAUGGCUUCGAAUUGGAGGAAGAAAGGAUCAGUAGUAGUGGAGUUGGCAGUCAUGGGCUCAUCAGAGGGGAGGAUAUGGAAGUCAAGGAGAUGCACUUGAGGGUGAGUGGAGAGGAAGUGGGUGAUGUGUUGGGUUUCAGCAAGUGAGACGGUUGGGCAAGGAAUGAUGCGACUGCCCACAUAUCUUCAAGACUAACUAGAUUGCUUAAACAACCAAAAAUUGUAAGCAAUCAGAGUUCUUUGGUUUUGAUCUUUUAUGAUAGCAAACUAAGAUGGGCUCUAGAAAUUUGCAAAGAAAGUUUCAAAUCGAAGAAAAUAUUGUGAAAUGCCUUACCUCUGCUCAGUAAAAUCUCCACUUCUGCAAGGCCAUUGCUAGUUGCAGAACGAAGCAGAGCCCAUUCUCUUCCAUCCGUACUAUAAUUUGAAGGAAGAUUUCACAAAUACUAACCUUUCUUCUGUGAUAAUUGAGCAAGAAAAAGAAGCCUGCAACCCAGAGAGAGAGAGAGAGAGAGAGAGAUCAAUGUAUCUUUCGAAUCCUCUCUACCCUAAAUGGGAACCAAAAAUGAAUACCAGAAAGUGCUUUCAGGUGCUGACCUAGGAGUGAGCAGAUGUCACAGGACUCGAAGAAGGGAUCAACCGUCAUCCUUCCUCAACGAUAAGAGCUCUCUGAAACUGUUCUUGAGAAAGGGACUUAAAUAUCAAAUAGUCCCAUUUCUCAGCGGCUCGGAAGAGAUUUUCGUGGCUUUCCGGUUUUGGAGAAUCCAUUCCCAUCUCCAUGGGCACCAAUUACCAAAUCUUCUUUGUUUUCUGCCUCCGGAUUUAGGGUUUAAGGUUAAGGUUUUGGCUCUGCUGCAAUGGUGUGGAGCUUGUUUUCUUUACCUUCUAAAUUGGACGGCAUAGAUCAGCCAUGUUUGAUCCCUCGCGAGCUACACUGUUAAUUAAUUCGCAAGCUCCAUACCAACACCGUCGAUCUAUCCAUCAAUGACGUAAGCAAUCACUUUUUCCCUCUUCUGGACAACUUGAAUUAAACGGUAUCCACAACACCGCCUCCCCAGUCCCUAAUAAUCGCUCAGAUCAAUCUUCAGUCUCUUUAGUCUCUAUACGAUGAGCGCCUGCAAAAAUCUUCUUCGUUUAUCCUUUUCCUUUCAAGAUUUUAGAAUACGAAGGAACCUGCAAAAGAGCUCUUUGAUUACUAUUCGGAAUCUCCAUUCAUUCUCUGGUAGUAAUAAUCCAUCUAAGUUAUCGUUAACAACUCUAAUCUGUCGGAAUCGAGGAUUAGGGCGUGAACUGAACAGAGCUUCAUCGAGAUCUUACCGUAGCGUUCAAGCUGCAGUUGCCGAUGGUUUGAAUGAAAACGCUUCAAGCUGUUCUAUUCUGGAACCUUUGGAUGACUGGGGUAAAGACAAUGUGGAGGAGUUGCUUGUAAACAGAGAAGAUGUUGCGAGGUUAAUGAAGAUGAAACGGAGGUCUGGAAUUGAAGACGGGGAGGAUUCUACUCGCAAGGGCCGGUGGUUUCCGUAUCUCGAUAUGUUCAAAUCGGGAGGUACAUUUCUGACCAGUCGUGAGGUUCUGGAAGCACUUGAUGCGUAUAUAAUGGAUGUGAGAAAGGAGAGGAUUUGGAAUGUUGUGAAGUACAGAAGCUACUCCGUUUGCUUGGUUGUUGAAGGUCUAUCUGAUUUUGGGAAUGUAUCAGCUGCAUUCCGCUCGGCUGAUGCGCUUGGGAUUCAAUCGGUCCAUGUGGUCUCCUGUGACAGCUCAAAAAGGUACAGGGAUAAUCGCCAUGUUAGUAUGGGUGCUGAGAAGUGGUUGGACAUUGAACUUUGGGACUCCAUCCAAGAAUGCUUCAAGGUUUUAAAGUCACGAGGUUAUCGAAUUGCCACAACACAUAUGGGAACUGAUGCGGUUUCUAUUUACAACAUGGAUUGGUCAUGCCCAACUGCAAUAGUUGUCGGAAAUGAAAGUAGAGGCAUAAGUGAUGAAGCUCUGCAAUUGUCUGAUUUGCACUGUUGUAUUCCUAUGAAAGGCAUGGUGGACUCUUUCAAUGUUUCAGUUGCAGCAGGCAUUCUCAUGCACCAUGCUGUUUGUGAUAAAACUUCUCGCCUGGGCUGUCACAGUGACUUGACACCGGAAGAAGCCCAGAUCCUACAGGCAGAGUUCUCUCUGCGACAUGGUAAGAGUUCAAUUAGCAUUGCACAUGAAUAUGCCAAGCGCAAGGCAGGCAGGGCAAUGCCUAAGCUUUGAAGAGGACCCAAGUGUCUUACUAAGACUCCUUUGUGGAAUAUACUUUGGAAUGCCUUGCAGUUACUAUUGUUGAAUGAGUUUCUUUGCUAAUCCAUAUUUAUAUUUUCCGGGCAUAAGUCCGUUUCUUCUUUGCAAUCUUCAUUCUAUUAAAAGAAUAUGAGGACUACCAUCUUGUUUCUUCAUUUAUGUAAAUUUAUAUUUUAAUUAUGGGAGGAUGCAUGAACAAACAUAAUAGAAAUAUGAAUCUGGAAGCAGAAUACAUUAUAAAUCUAAAUAAUGUUUUGUA